AUGCCCCAGAAGCUACCGGACAAGCUCCUUCGAUGGCUUUACCAGGUGCUUCAACCAGAAUAUCACAAUCCGGUAUUGUGCUAUCAGGAUGUAUCGUUGGUUCUCAUGUGCUUUCCAUAUUUCCGUGUUAGAACAUCUGUAUACACUAUGCAGCACGGAGAAAGCAGAUUGAUGGUGAAACUAUAUGGUCCGGUUGAUCUUCAGGCAGGAAAGAAUAUCACAUCUCUACCUUCAAACGAACAUCUUUCUCCAUCAUGUGUUGAUUUCACUAUCUGGAUACCAUUCGAAUAUCCAGAAGCGCCUCCAAUUGUGUACGUAAAGAAUUCGGAUGAUAGACAAAAGAACGGAGACAAGGCAUUGAGCGAGUACACCAUCAUUCCAAACAAUUACUGUGAUCCAUCUGGUAGAUUUUAUCAUCCAUUUUUAUCCAACUGGACGAGGCAAUUCGGAUCUGACACCUCAAAUUCAACAAUAAAACCCCAGAACAACAGACUUUUGCUCUUAACUCAGCUUUUAUUGCGUUGCUUGAAGGAGCAUCCCCCAUUUUUACAUCGUGUAGCACCUUCUCCGAUUACUUCGAGCAACUCUUCGUCCUCCACUAACGAUGCACCGCCUUUGCCACAGAAACCUAGCAACGGCCAUAAACCAAAAGCCAAAAAUUCGGCUGAGAUCGUAGAUUCUGUGGUGGCACCGAAGUUUGCAAAGAUAAAACUUAUGGACGAUCAGGUACAGCUUUCAAAAUCUCAUAAUUCAAAAGGCCCGCCACCAUUGCUACCAGCUAACCCAAGCACCACACAAAUGGUUGAAAACAUAAGAAAGACUCUAAACGAGAAAAUACAGACGGAACUACUAGAGGAAAUACCACUGAAGGAAAUAAUCCAAAUGCAAAAUGACCUUCUAAGCGUUACGGAAUCGGACAUAAAUGCAGCUAGCUAUCUUACAUACUACGAGGCGAAAAUAGUGCAGCGAAAAAGGCUUCUUAGUUCAAAACUUGAAGAAAUGAAGGAUUUGCACAAAAAGCUAGAUGCGGAUAUAGAACAAGUUCUACCGAAGUUCGACGAGUGCCUCAUUGCAGAAACCCCGGUGUUUAAUCAACUUUACACACUUGUUACAAAAAGCGAGGCAAUGACAGACCUCUUGUAUCAUUUGGAAAAACUUCAUGCAGGUGGAAAGAUAAAAUUCGAUAAAUACCUUCAGGUUGCAAGACGACUAGCAAGAGAACAGUGCUUGUGCAAACAACAUAUCAACAAGCUUAGCGAUAUAUGCGGGCUUGAUCAGGGAUGA